CCGCCCCGGUCCCGCCUGCUGACGCUGCCGCCGUCUUACCCAUCCGGCUGUGAAGCCGGGGGAUCGCGGUGUGGAGGCGCAGGGAAACGUGCACACGUCGAGGAGACGGCUCUCUCGCCCGGAGAUGGGGCUGUUGGAGCUUGUGAGGAGGCAGUGGUUCUUGAUAGGCAUCGUGCUGGUGAUCACCGGGGCCAAACUGCAGCCAUCGGUAGGCAUGCAUGGAGGACCAUUGAAACCAGAAAUCACGAUAACUUAUGUUGCUGUUUCAACGAUAUUUUUCAACAGUGGGCUCUCUUUAAAGACUGAGGAGCUGACUAAUGCUUUGAUGCAUGUCAAACUACACAUGUUUGUACAGACCUUUACCCUUGCAUUUUUCCCGAGUGCUAUUUGGUUUUUUCUUAAAUUAUUAGCUUUGACAUCUAUAAACCCAUGGCUUUUAAAAGGUUUGCUGACUGUUGGCUGUAUGCCACCCCCAGUGUCAUCUGCAGUAAUCCUAACUAAAGCAGUUGGUGGAAAUGAGGCUGCUGCUAUUUUCAAUUCUGCUUUUGGAAGUUUUCUGGGGAUUAUCAUCACACCAUUGUUACUACUGUUGUUUCUGGGAUCUUCAUCUGCAGUGCCAUUUACUUCCAUUUUCUCUCAGCUGUUCAUGACUGUUGUAGUCCCACUCAUUAUAGGGCAGAUUGUUCGACAAUACAUCAAGGAUUGGCUGGAACGAAAGAAACCACCAUUUGGUGCAAUUAGUAGCUGUGUGCUCCUUAUGAUCAUAUAUUCAACAUUUUGUGAUACAUUCUCCAAUCCGAAAAUUGACCUAGAUACGUUUAGUCUUAUAUUAAUUGUUUUUAUAAUAUUUUCCCUUCAGCUGAGUUUCAUGUUUUUAACUUUUUUCAUCUCGACAAGAACAAAGUCAGGUUUUACAGCUGCAGACACAGUUGCCAUUAUAUUCUGUUCCACGCAUAAAUCUCUGACUCUUGGAAUUCCAAUGUUGAAGAUAGUAUUUUCAGGGUAUGAACAUUUAUCCCUCAUCUCUGUUCCAUUACUCAUCUAUCACCCCACCCAGAUUCUGCUAGGAAGCCUGUUAGUUGGAACAAUGAAAUCCUGGAUGGUCACCCGACAAAAAGCACUGAACCUUGCAAGACAGGUGAAGAUUCCAGUAUAACAUCGGUGGAAUAUUUUAUUUUAUAUUAAUGUACAUACAUAUCCUGCAAUGUACAAUAUGUAGAACUUGUAGAAAAUGAUUAAGUGGACUUUUAUGCCUAAAAUGUUUGCAUAUAUGUUUAAUUUUGAAAAUGCACAUUAUUAAGUGCCUUAAGAGCGCAGCUGAAUUUCUCAGUCUGUGUUCUGCGUGCACAGCGGUUGCAUGAAUAAGAGGGGAAUAUUUCGCCAGUUUAUUCAGAAUAUGAAUGACUUUAAAUGGCAAAAAAUUAUUUACGAAAUCAACACAUGAUAUUAAUCACAGAUUAUGGCAUUUAGUUUUUCAAAAUGCUUUUUCGCUGUCAAAUAUAAAGGGUAUUCUUUAUGUUUAUACCCCAUUUUUCUUAAGUAAAUUUGACUGUCAUAUUGGGUAUUUUCAUCUAUGUUUCCCUAUGCAUCACAAACCAACAAUAACACUUUAUCUAUAAUGUUAUAACAUCAGUUGCCCUCUUUCUGUAUUAAAUUUGCCAAGCUUUUUGUCUUUCAUCCCAUGAGAAUUCCAUAGUAUGCUUAAGUGCUGUUAUGGUGGGCAAUGGACAGAAAUUAACUCUGUUAGUGUCUGUUCCCAUUAAAACCAUACUGCUUGACAUUAAUUGAAUUGAGGGUUAGUGGAUAUUUUAAAGUGUUUUUUUUUGCCAGAUUGACGGUGGACAAGGCAAUUAAUGGAAGGCCUCCAAUCAAAUUGCAUCACUAUCCUUAAAUCAUUCAGUUUAAUGUAUUCAAAUGAGGCAUAAUUAAAAUCAGAGGAGAUAUUAUUGUUUAACAGUUGCUGAAUGUUCUACGUUCAUUCACUCAUGCAGCUUUAUGCAAACUCUCUGCUGGAAACUCUGGCUGUUUUAGUGCGUACAAUUCUACUGUUUCAUAAUGGUGUGCCUGAAUUUACAUUUGAUGAAACAAAAUUAUGUUUGUUGAUGUGUUGGUGGAGAAUUUCUCCAAUGUUAACUGCCAUGUAAAUUAAUUAUUAACUAUGAGAAGGUGUCCAAGUUCUGAAGGUUUCCAUGUACCAAUUUAAUGUAAUGUGAGGACCUACAUUAUUUUACCUACACAUAUUAAGAUAACUUAACGUGUGAUGUUACAACCUGAACUAAAAUAGACUUUGGUGAAUUCAUAUUAAAUAAGUAUAAUCAAUAUGGGUACAAUUCUUUUAGAUAUAUAUGCAUUUAUUAAAUGUAAUGUUGGAAUACUUUUUUAUGAUUCCAUUAUAAAUUCUCACGUAUUAUCUUUGAAAUAAUGGGGCCAUUAGUGACAUACAAAUGAGUAUUAGAGCAAAUUAGAUGAAUUAUUUGUAUCUAGCUUUACAUGCUCAAGUCUCUGUUCGCAAAUCUUUGGUUUCAUUGUCCUAUGCUGAAUUGUUUAUGUGGUUUGCAAUUGUUUCUUGACCUCUCUACUUUAUAUUUGCUUUUGGGCAAGAUAUGUCACAGGUGAAAUACUGUAUUGUCUAAAAGUUGGGUAAGCGAAUGAAGGUUAUUGGCUGUGAGCCAUUUCUAUUAAGAAGUUUCAACUUUAAAGAAUGUCUAGUAGCAAAUUAUUAUGAGAACAAAUUUAUUUUAAGUCACUUGUUUAUAUUUUCAUGAGACUUAUCAAUAAACUGAUUCAACAGCACACGC